UGAUGUAGGCCUAAUAUUUUUUAAACAAAGAGUCAUUUGGAAAUCUUUAACGAGGCUAUACACUUAUGUUGCAAUGAAAAUUCCUUAGUUAUUUGAAAAGAAACUAAUGCACAAAUACGGACAUUACAGAUACGAAAAAAGAAGGGGAAUCCCCUUUUUCUUAGGCGGCGCCAUUCAUUCGUAGAAUGACUAGAUGAACGAUUUCUAUAUAAAAUGACAUCGUUCAUGAAGAUUAGGUUGAUGAUUUUACUGGUUUAUCUGGUUAGCGUUUCAACAAUGGACGAAUUCAAAUCGGAUAUAAGAAUACAAGUGGAUCUACAUAAUAGAGUCGAAUCAGUUUAUUCAACAGAAAAUCAAAACUUACCAACCUUGUGUCCAUCAACUAAACAGAAAAAAGCACUGUGUCCAACGAUAAAUAGGCAUAAGGACGAAAUACAACUGGUCAAGGGAGAAAAUGCGUUUUUUGAAUGUCGAGUCUCAAAAAUUCUUGGACCGAAACCUCAUUAUGUUAUCCGUAUGUGGUGGUGUAAUGGCACAAUGGGACGACAAUGUUACGAAGAUGAACAAGCUCCAGAUCGCACGCCACGGACGUACUUCGCCUACAAUCAAAGUGCUUACAAUGCCGACGAGUGCGCGGUAGCCUUCAAUAUCACAAACGCAACCAGUAGUGACGAAAACACAUACACGUGCGUAGCAAACACAGAAGAUAGAGAUUAUACACGUACACCUGGCUAUAGCAGCAUUCGUGUAUCUGUAAAUGAAGCUAAAAAACCUAUACUUACAAAUCAACCACCAAAAUAUAUCUACCAACAUGUAGGAAAACUAAUGGAGUUGUACUGCGGCAGCGAAGGGUACCCAGACCCUGUAAUACGCUGGGUAAAGGACGGUGUUCCGCUUGAUAAAAAUGCAUCAAACGCCAUACAAUAUGGACGUCACUCAGUUUUAAGGAUUAGCAAUAUAUCAGAAAAUGAUGCUGGAAUGUAUCAGUGCAUUGCUGUUAAUCAAGUAGAUUUUAUCGAAUCUGAGGGUACUCAUGUCGAAGUCAGACGAAAGGUUUGGAUCUGGCAAUUUUGCGUGUGUGUAAUUACAGGUUUCCUCACGGGUGUCUUGGUGUCUAUAUUUUGUUGUUACUUUCGCUACAAUGGAGGAGGAAAGGGGAAAUUUGGAAUCGUGGACGGACGUAAAAGAACUCGAAGUAACUCAAGUCAGUAUUCACCUUUGUCACUAAGUGAUGUAUGUUAACGUUAUUAUCGCCCACAUCUCUUACUUACUUACAAAACAGACGUCUGCCCACUGUUGCUGAACAAAAUCUUUCCACUGCAUCAUAGAAGUACCGCUGUAACUUCGUACUGAACGGAAGAGGUUGCAUUGUUGAUUGUGCUUUGAACAAAUAAACAAAUAUACCUCGCUGGGUACAACGUCCCAAAGACUAAAAACUUAGUUCUUAAGAUCUUCAUGGUAGGCCAACGUACAGUUUUUCAGAUGGCUGCAGAUGCACUCCUUUGUACACUAUGUAGCUGCUUUAUGUAACACCGGGCACCCACUGCGUCGUGCCGACGAAUUCAACUCCGCUCCCGGUGAGCGAUAAACAACGCGACGACGCCAUCUGCUGAUUUUCUCGGUGGCAGUCGGAACGAAUCGUCAAUAAAAACGAUCCGUUGUGCACUCGUCGCCGUGUUGUGUUUAUUAUAAAAUCGCGUUGGGUGCAGUGAGUGCCCAGCUUAUGUGUUGCAACCAAAGAUACUGGAAAUACAAGGUAGGCUAUCAAGGUUACAGCUUCAUUGAUGUGUGAAUUCAAGAAUUGAUGGUUAAACGGGCAGGAUUUGAGCACCGCACAGUCUUAACACAACAAUUAUGCAACAUUUCUCUCAUGCAUUUCUCUAAUUGCAAGAGUGAAAAGACUGAAAAAGUGCCUACAGUAAUCAUUUCAGUAGGGAUAGAUUAGAGGUAGAUACAUAGAAAUUUACUCUAUUUUGCAUUUAGAAAGUACAUAGUGACAAAAAAAACUACAGUGAUUAGGUAGAGCAAGACUCAAAUCGCAGAAUGAAAAAAACAACUCGAUUCAUACUCAUUCUUGUAUAUGACUUCUUAAUUCAGUUGCAGCCGACACACCGGGGUAUGAAUAAAGAACAAUUGAUAAUAGCUACGUCACUCAAAGUGCUGCCUCAUUAUACUUGUUAUUAUUGUUUAGAAUAAAUUGGCUAUAUUAAUUUCAUUUUUGCAUAUUACCGUAUAUGACAACUAGAUAGGCCUAAUGAAUAAUGCAAUGUGUUAUUAUUUUUUAUGUUGUUAUGUAGCUCUAUAUUAUUAUUAUAAGUUUAUGUUCUGCAAUAU